AUGACGUUCUUAUCGAGAGAUAAGCGGUACCAGACAGAAAAGCCAUAUGCGACUGACUUUCCUGUGGAUGAGAUUGACGACGCAAAGAUGACCAAUCACAUCUUUGACACUCGUCCCGUCAUCUUCCACGAUGCAAGAGCUUCCAAAGAGACUUUCACCUUGGAUCAGAACGGAUUUUGCUUCAUCGAGGCGAAGACUUCGCUUCAGGCAGAAGAUGCUACUUCCGAGAGAACCGAGAUUAUGGAGCAGUAUAUGCAGGAAAUUGUUGGCAUAUUGCGAACCAACCUUCCGCAGUAUCAAGAAAUUAAAGCCAUGGACUUCCAAGUUCGAAAGCGACAUCAGACUUUUCCCAAUGGCGAGGAGCGCCGAGCCGAGUUCGCUCAACCAUCGACAAUGGCUCAUACCGACUUCUCAGCCCGGGGAGCAUUUCUGCGGAUGGCCGACAUCUUUCCGGACCAGACGUCAUAUUAUCAGAACAGGAAAUUCGAUUUGAUCAACCUUAUCAAUGCUGAGAAGGAUGUCACCACGAAUGAUGCUCUCCAUUAUAAACGAGUGGGAGAGAAUUCGCUACUUCAUCAUGACGAGGCGCAUCGGUGGUACUAUCUCAGUGAUAUGAGAGAGAAUGACUUGAUCGUCUUCCGGAAUGUUGAUUCGGAAGGGGAUAUGCCUCGUGGCUUCCAUGCUUCGUUUCACAAUCCUGAUUCGACUGGCGACCUACGCCAUAGUAUAGAGGUUCGACUCGUGGCCUUUCAUGAUUGA